UUUUCCCAUGCAAGUUUCCAGAAAAAAAAAAUCUUACUCUGCUGUCACCAAUUAUAAAGCACUCACAUUUUCAAAAUCUUUCACAUGCCACUGAAAGAGUCUGGUUGAUGUCUUUAAGAUUAAUGUCUUUGUGCUGGAAAGGAUAUUACUGUAAUGUCAUGUGAUUCAUGAAGACAAGGAUAUGGCUUGGUACAUUUGAAACAGCUGAGGAUGCAGCCAGAGCCUAUGAUGAAGCAGCUAGGCUAAUGUGUGGUGCCAGGGCAAGGACAAACUUCCCUUUCAACCCCAAUGUGUCUCACACAUCAUCUUCUAGUUCAAAGCUUCUCUCAGCAACUUUGACUGCAAAACUUCACAGGUGCUACAUGGCUUCUUUGCAAAUGACAAGACAGGCUUUGGCAUCAUCAGGGUCUGAGAGAAAAUCUUCAGUGCCAAAUGCCACUUCCGCAUCCCAACCAAAGAGUCUGAGUGUGAAGAGUGAGCAAACUCAUCAAGUGUUGCCACACAAGAGAGAAGAGGAGGAUCAAGACUCAGAGGCCAACAGGGGUGUUAAAAUGGCCAGAACUGUUGAAAGUCUUCCUCUGCAGUUCAAGCCUCUUGAGGAAGAUCACAUAGAGCAAAUGAUUGAGGAGCUUCUUGAUUAUGGCUCUGUUGAGCUCUCCUCUGUCUUUUCACCUCAGGCCAUUUAAUGGAAUGUGCAUCCUUUUGAAUUGAAGCUAGAGUCACAACUUGUCAUUAACAACAUUCUGGGUAUGCGUGACUCAAAUUGCAGCUGUAGUAGUUGUGAUGAACUCAAAGAGUGUCCACAAUUGCAAUUUUAAAUCAAGCUCAAUUUAGAUCAAAUUCUUUAAGUGUUGUUCUUUAAUCAAAACUAGAGUUUUACCUCGUCAAACCUACCUGAUUCAACUUUAUAUUAUCGAGGUAAAACUUUGAUUAUGAUUAGAUAACGAUAUCAAAACGUUGUAUAAAAUUAUAUCUUAAGUUCUCAUUGAAGAACUUGUCAAUGUCACAACCAAAUAUGUUUUAAGCAAAACUUCUGAGGACUCUGCUGGUUAACAUUAUUCUUAGUUGUUCUAAUUUGACCAUUUUAUUUUUCUCAACAUGGUUGCUUCAAGAUUUCUUUCUCGUGACUUUUUGGGAACAGAUGAAAAAAAUCACUGUAGCCUAAUAAUCAACUUCAAUUUUCAAAAACAAAAAUAUAAAAAAAAAGUUAAAAAUUAAGUAUGAACAUGAGUGACGGCCUCUUGAGUUGGCGUUUGCAGGUGCAGAAUGAGUCAUUUUCUGAAGGGCAAGUGAAGGUUUUUGUCAAAUGGCACAGCUUUUAAGAAAAUGAGGCAGAACCCUCUGUUUCAAAGAUUGUAGAAUUUUAUGCACUGACAUAAAAAAAAGGGUUUGAAAUUGGUAAAUAUAAUUCAAAUAGCAGAUAC